CUGGUGUUACAUACCUUAUUCUUCUAAGUGGUUGGCUAAUACUUUGGAAUUAACCUGCGAUAGUUACACGACGGGAUCUUAAGGAAAGCACGAGCGAAACUGAGUCAGUUUCCCAAGGAGGUGGUGCGCGAUACUAGGCCAAGAUAGCGCUUCCUAGAACAGGUGCGUGGUUUUGUUUAUCGUCAAAUUAUUUGUUUAACAGAUGCCAUAGCAAGUGCAUCGUGGAGCAUCGCCUUGCUAAGGAUGGAGAAAAAUCAGUAGCUCACCGAGGAACAAUUACCAAUUUGCGCUAACGAGAACGGGCUAUUGGACAAUUCAAUCAUCAGGAGACAGUUCACGUCGGAUAUUUCCCCAAGAGUGCGUUUAGGGAAGUUGCUAGUCAAUGGUUUGGAACGGAUUAAUAAAAUAUCUUAAUAACUCGUCACUAGAAUUAGUGGAUAGAAUACCGAGGAGGAGGUACAUUUCUUCAUACGACUGAAUUCAAUUUCUUGGAGUAAUGGGCAAAAUGAGAGGGAAAACGCUUUUGUUUGUCUUGGGACUCGCUUUCCUCCUCCACCCAGGAAGGGGCCAGGAAGAGGAAGGAGAAGAAGGAGAAGUUGAAUAUGAGUGUAAGGAAAGGGUCUCAUGCAAAUACAUGAGGGACACAUACUGGGCAACCUACGUGAGGAGAAACUGUUUCUGUGAUACGUUAUGUGCACUCUAUGGCGACUGCUGCUUUGAUUACCAAUCACAAGCAAUUUUGGAACCAUUGGACAAAAAAUCGUUCGAGUGUAUGGCAGGGUAUUACUUCUUUCCUGUUGAUCUGAUUACUAAAUGUCCUUCGGAAUGGACGGGGAAGGACACGAAGGAAAAAUGUGAGGGAGACAGCUUUGGCGAAUAUUUUCUGCAGUGGCCUGUAACUGGUGAAAAUACUGGACUAUCUUAUAAAAAUAUCUACUGCGCGAUUUGCAAUGGUAAUACUAACUUUACGUAUUGGAUAUCUGAACUUUUGUCAGACGUUGCGUUUCGUAAAGGCGAGGAAAAAGAUGCUGAGAAGGCUGUUAAUUUGAGGAAGGAUCUAUCAUCGGACCAAUUCGCUGUAAGAUUCCGUGACCCUGCUGAUCGAUCGAGACUUUGCAAACCUGCUAUUUCAGAAUGUAGCAGGGACUGGCAAGUUAAAAGGUUUGCGGACGAAUGUGAAAAUGGAAAAUCGUCGUUUGUUUAUGUUGGUAAGAAAGUUUAUAAGAACAGUGCAUGUGCCCACUGUAAUGGCGAGCCGGCCAAUGCCUGGGACUGCAACGGACCUGAAAGGUACAUGACCCAGGAUGGGAUGCGUACAAUGUAUCCUUACUCCAUUCUUAUGGACUUGAACAGCUUCACGUGUUCCUUUAACGAAUUUGAGGUCGGGCGGAUAAAACGCCAGGUUAAUGUACCGUUGACCAAAAGAUGUCCUGAUGGCUCUGUUUAUGACCAGUUGGCCCAGACUUGUUGGCCAAUUGCCUGCCGCGGGAAGCUUCUCUAUCGUAAUGGACAGUGCGUCAGGCUUUACGUGUCCUCAGACAACGACAUGGCUUCACCAUACUCACGCGAAAAACCCUCAACGGAAACAGAGUGCACUUUCGUCAGACUCAACACAACUGCGUACGAGAUAUUCGACAAUGGAACAUUGUUUGUACAUUCUCAUAAGCAGUGGUAUGACAAGGAACGGUACGAAAAGGAAGGCGACUCUAUUAUUCUCUGUACAAACUUUACGGCAGACUACACGGUAAAUCGCGUCGUAUCAAAAUCAAAGAUGGACAAAUUCGACUAUGUCCAAAGCGUACUGUCUCUGGUAGGUGUAAUAUUGUCUCUGAUUGCCCUUGCAGCCCACUUUCUUGUGUACAUGUCAUUCGCACCUUUGCGAAAUACCCCGGGAAAGAACAUAAUGUCUCUCGUAGCUGCCCUGUUCUUCGCCCAGCUUGCCUUCGUCGUCGCCCCGUACGGGAGCCAGAUCCGCACAUGUUGCGAAAUCAUCGCAAUCUUAAUGCACUAUUGCUUCCUGUCAUCUUUCUUCUGGAUGAAUGUAAUGGCAUUCGAUAUCUGGUCUACCUUCACCAAGGAGGGAACGAGGGAUGACAACAAUAAGCAGUUUGCGUACUACUCCUUGUACGCCUGGCUUGGACCUGCCGCCGUGGUCGGACUUGCUCUAGUCGUCGAUGUUGCUGCCCCGGAGACCCUCUACCGACCAAUGUACGGUAUCAACCUGUGCUGGAUCAACAGCAGGCCAGGCCUCCUAAUCUUCUUCGGAGUCCCGUUGUUCCUAUUACUCAUCGUUAACUCGGUCUUCUUCGUAUUGACCGUGACAGCAAUUCAUCAAGUUUGCGAAGCAUCGAAAAUGGCUACUCAGAAAACCCAGAAACGCCGAUUCGUCCUUUACGUAAAGUUAGCGCUAAUUAUGGGACUUACAUGGAUCUUUGGCUUUCUUGCAUCACUCACUGACGUAAAGGAGCUUUGGUAUGUAUUCACCAUAUUGAACAGUCUACAGGGUGUUUUCAUUUUCUUUGGGUUUGUCUUCACGAGGAAGGUAUACCGUCUCGUCAAGGAGAAGACGUCCACUGCGACCGCGCAGAGACGACUAUCUUCGGACAUCACGAAAAGCACUUACACCUCUACGAAUGCCGGUACACACCGUAACUCCAGCGUCAAAAGGUCAGGAGAGAAGGUGUAGAACUAUUGGUCGUUGUAAGUGUAUUGAUAGUACGGGUGUGAUACAUUUUUUUCUAUUUUGUUUGGAAAAGUAUUUCAAACACGUUCAAAAAUGAUUUUAUUGCAAGAACACAUGACUCAUAAUCCUUGUUGGCCGAAUUAGGAGUCCUGUUUGGUCUUUGAAGGCCUUUAUCGGCUGAACAUAUUGAUGAGCUGAAAGUCAACCAGUUCAAAUUCUUUAAAAAAAUUGGUUACAGUUACUAAGAAUGUAUUUGAGGAAUAGGCAUGCUGGUCAUUUUUUUAUAUUUGAACAGAACGACGAAGCAAUAUCAAUGGUACUUCCUGUGCCAAACACGGGUCGGUGCAGGUAAUCUGGGUGUUUUUCUAGAUUGCCCAUAGCUUCCGAAAUAAAUGAAAGUGCAAUUGGAUGUGCUUAUAUUUUCGUGAUAACGAUCUGCAAAUUCUAGCAGAUACUAUUUAGCAAAAGGUAGUGAGUGAUAUAUUCUUAAACCCUUCAUGUUCUCAAGGCGGGAAAGGGUUACAUCUUAAGCUAUCGUGAGGUGCAGGAAUAUAACGGACAAUGAUAAAUUUGAUAUUUGUAAAUAGGGAGAUGAUUUGUUGAUGCGUUAAACUGUUAGAAAAUGUGAUAUUUAACAGAUGAUGCGUUAUUGAUUUAGAAUAUCCUGCUUACCGACGUAAGAAAAAAAAUUAAGUAUAGCAAAAAAUAUAGGUACGAGCAUGAAUCUGUAUUCAUAUGUCUUGCUUUAAUAUAGUCUUAGCAGAUGGUAUCGCAUAAUACUAAAAUAAGAUUUCAAUGUCAUCAAUAUUAACGAAUAUCUGUCAAGUGUACUGAAUCUGAACUCCAGCUAUACACUGUGAAACAUGUUUGCAUAUAGAAAUACACGGCGUAAUCUUGAUACAUACUUAUGUUGUCUCGUUGGCAAUUGUCUCGUGGUGUAUAUAUUCAUGGUAUUAUGUCAUGCUUGUAACCCGUCUCAUAGUACAUGUACCAUCUGAAUAGUUCAACGAGCGUGUUUAACGAGCGCAAAUCGAAUUGAAAGCCCGAGAGAGUGUACCUGCAGUUACUACAUUUGAUAUUUCCCCUGUGGCCGUCGCACAGCAAUAAAACCUACUGCAGUGCAAAUGCUACAUUCAUUAACUUUGUAAAAGUCUGUGAUAACGUAAAUUUUAAACCGUUAAAUUUCUGGGACACCCCGUUUUAUUCUAAUUUUGUAAGAAGAAAUACUGCUGCGUUCAUUGACGAACAAUACGAGAAAUUACCCGACCGAUGCUUGAUCCGUAACUGGACUGUAUCAAAGAGGGGGCCAUUUGCAAGUAUUACGAGCAUCAGUGGUUUUGAAAUUGAUUCAAAGACGUUGUUCUUAGACAUGUCAGAGAGUGUUUAAGAUGUUAAAUACGGGAUCACCUCUGCCCGAGACGACAAUUAUAUCAAGGUUGAGAGCAUUUGAGCAAUAUAUUAGUCCUUUCCAGAUCUCAAACACACGCCUGAUCUGAGGUAAACUGGGAACUACAUGUACGUUUAUCCGCAAUUUCACAAACUGCUGUUUAACCAAGAUAAAAUAUGUAUGAACUACCACUGUCUCACUUCUGUUGUGUUCGCAGACACUUUACAGAUACUGACUUUAUCUUUGGAAGCAUGGCGAGCCCAGUAGCUCAUCAUGCGUGAAAUUGACAAACAGCUUGCUCGAAGAUAACCGAGUAUGCUUAAGGUGAUGUCAGACAUAAACACUUAAAAAAACCAAAAAGAUAUAUCAAGUACAUUUAUAUUUGCGUUUACCUUAGGUAAAAUCAAUUAACCGUGAUCAUGCGUAACCGUGCAAUGUUAUCUGCUAUUUAAUGCAGAGAAAAUAUAUUGGGCACUAAUACUUUGCUAGAAAACAGCAAUGCUUUUUAUUCAUCCUUUUGUAGGGCUGACCUACCAAGCCAUGAGAUGUGAUAUACCAUGUUAUCAAAUAUGACCACAGUUGAUUUUACUCUCGAAAUUUAAGUCACUUUUUUUGCUGCGCGGUAUCAUGGUCACCUGGUGUACUGCACUGAGAUGAUAAGAUCAGCUAAGAUAGCUUCGUAUUGUUACAGGAGAUGUCGUGAGUUAAAUUGUAAUACUAACUAUCAAAAGGCUCGAGGGUUUUAUCUUUGGGCAAACAUCAGUCACUUCAAAUAAGCUCUAAAAGAUUGUUUGAUGAUGUACAUGUAUUAUGAAACCAUCACGCUCUGCGAAGGGACAAUUUCUAUCAAUUGUUAUUCGGAUACGAGUUUUAAAAACCCCCAUUAUUCUCAUAGGGGGCAUUCGACUUCUCGAGAUGGAACCAUGGGAACGAUUGUACGCUUUUAAUCCAAUUUGUUCUGUUUUUAUCGCUAUACCUCUUAAUCCGUCAUCGCAAAACAAGGUAGAAUUCUCACGAGGUAAUUGUCCUUUAUUCCUGUUGAUCGAUAGUGCAUUCGUUAUCGGGAUUCGGGGCAGUUAGAAUUCAGUUCUUGCCCAUUGUAUAUCGGCCAAGAUGGAUGGCUCGGGAAACCUUAAAAAGUGUGGAUUCGGAAUGCAGCAGAUAUCAACUCUGGACCGGUUUUCUGGUGUACUCAUUGUUUCGGGAACACCUGAAAACAGAGUACUCGUAUCUGUCUCUAUUGUCCCUAUCGUACAUUGUAAUGUCAAAGUUUAUUCAGUCAAUAUUUUGUUCAAACUGUAAUACGUGUACAGAGUGUAUACGUCCUAUUUAGGUAGUAGCUGUUAAAUAAUUUAAAGAAGUAUGUGAUACAGUAAAGGAACGAAGACGUAUGUUACGCAAUAAACGUUUUUGGUACAGUUGGCAAAUAAGCAAUAAAGAACAUGUGAGAAAUUGGGCGAAUUGGGCCAUUUUAGACCUCUAGCUACUUGCAAGGGCGUCUGCCCAGGUCGCGUCAAUCUAUUUGCCAGACUUCCUUGCCAGGUACUCCAGUGAAUGCUAAAUAGUGUGAAUAUGUCAUAGUGAUACGAUCGAUAUUGAUAUGAAAAAUGAAACACAGCGUGUAAUUAAACGUAUUGUAUGGGGAGAAUAUAUUAUUUGUCU